AUGGGAGCGAGUAUGGACCACAGAAGCGUAGCGGCUGCUAAGCAACGGAAUGCUGAACAAAUCGCUUCCCCUGCACCGCAAUCAGCCAUGUCUCCAUCUCCGUUGUCUUCUCCAACUUUGGUAGAACGCCGGGCGAAAACAGACUGUACCUACGUGAAUCAAGCAGUACUCACAGCAAAGAAAAUCAGGCACCAUUCAAAACGUCUGGUUAAGCAAAUUCCACUAGACCUGACAUCUAGUAUUACCAAGGAUGGAGCAGCCAAACACCAACCCUUGGUACCUGUAGCUCAAAUAUCUCUUGUCGAGACUAAGCCUCCCAGAACAUCGGUUACAUAUGCAGAGAUUGCUGCAAGGGUCCACCGAGAGGCCGCCGUUGCGUCCUCUUCCAUUGUAAACAUCGUUAACGCAAAUGGAGAGAAAAACAGCAAACAAUCACUUAUCAACAAGUCAAGACAAAUGAGUACCAUACCUUGUAGAUCGAUUAAAAAGGGAUCCAACAACAGUGCCCGGACUGUUGUAUGCUCAAAUGUUCCUGAAUCUACCGCCAUCACUUUGCGGGAUAAGUUAUCAGACGACCAAGACCAAUGGAACUCAUUGUGUAUGCAGAUGAGUAUCAAAGCCAAGCCCGUAAACUUGUUACGAAUUACUCGUCAUCCGAACUCGCCACACUAUGGUGAACCCAGACUUAUUCGAGUAACUCUAGAAUCCUCAACCGACGUGGAAAAUGUUUUGCUCUCCGCAAGCGCGCUAAAACACGAAUCCUGUGCGAUACGUAUCUAUCCUGAUGUCCCUUGGAGCGCGCGACAAUCAAAAAGAAACAUCGAAGAGGGGCACAGCAAGCAAGACCGCCUAAACACAGUCUUCAUACAUGGCGUGCCAGAACAUCCUUCUAACGAUGUUCAAGAUACCGGAAAGCACGAUUUAGAACAGUGGCGGUUCAUUCGUGAAACACUUUCUUUGGAUGAUGUUGUGGCACUAUCGCUCACUAGGAUACCUCUCUCAUCGAAUUAUAGAGGAUGCGGACCUAGAAUCCUAAAACUUGUGGUUCAGUCAGAGCAACAAGCAAAGGAUGUUUUGGAUCGAUGGCGAAGAAAUCGGAAACAUCUUCCUUCCGAAAUUCGGUUAAAGGUCGCAAACAAUUCGCACAGCUCAAGUAUUAAAGCAACUGAAGCAGCAAGCAUACCGACGGAUGUACAGAAGUGUAACUUGACUGCUGCUUUAAUUGACUCUGAAGGACUUUCUAACAAACUGGCUGAACUGAAAGAUCGCCAAGCUUCCGGCUCGUAUGAUGUCAUUGGUAUCACCGAGACAUGGUUGCACACGGGAAUGACGGACGCUGAAGUGUCGCUACCCGGCAUGUCGUUGAUCCGGAACGAUAGGCUCACAAAAGGAGGAGGGGUAAUCCUGUACUACCGAAACGACUUACAGUGCGAAGCCGUGGAGGAUUCAGAUUCGCAGUUCCCCGACUCUCUUUGGUGCCGGUUGCAGUUAAAAGGUAGGGACGCUUGCCUUAUUAUCUUGGUGUACCGCGCCCCUAACUCAACACCCGAAACCGACUACCACCUAAUGGCUGCUUUAAGGUGCAGUUUACAACCAAAGUACACUCACAUUCUUAUCAUGGGUGAUUUCAACGUACAUUGUUUAGAAGCCCCUGCCACAACCGGCGAACAAUUCAAAAUCGAUUUACAAGAUCUAGUAACUACUGCUCCUCUUUACAACCACAUCACUUUGCCCACUCGGUUCAGAACUGGUAACCGGCCAUCUGUGUUGGAUCUUGUGCUUACCAACGAAGAGCAUAUGAUUGAUGCGUUGGUUUUAGACUGCCCGUUGGGUCGCAGUGAUCACGCAGUCAUCAGUUUCAACUUCGUCUGCUAUGCAGAAUAUCGGAAUGAUAACGAUGAUACUGUGCGAACCAUCACAAGGUACGACCGACUCGCCCAGCUAGUCAGCGCCACAACAUGGUCUUUCCUCGAAGAAGAACCCCCAGAACUCGCCUGGCUCGAGUUCGUCAACACAUUCAGUCAGCUGAUUGCACAGGCUUCAGAGAUAAAAGCUUACAAUAAGUGCAAAUCCGUUUCUUUCGUUAGGAGCAGAACCCGAAAAUGGAUGACAGUACGCAAUGCAGCAUGGCGAGUGUACAGAGAAGCUCCAGCACCAGAAACGUGGGACAACUACGUAGCCCAACGUAACCACUGCACUCAACUGUUAAGAGAAGACAAAGCCGCCUAUCAGCAGAACAUCGCAAAAACCUUCAGUGCUAACCACAAACUGCUGUACAAGCACGUUAAUAGCCUACGAAAGGUGAGGCAAGGAUUUCCUCCACUCAAGACGGCUGACGGCCCAACAAGAACGUCUAUGGAAGCUGCAAACGCGCUGCAGAUGCAAUACGCCCCCACGUUUCAAAGGGUCUUGCCACCAAGCGAUCUACCAAGCUUUGUAUUCUGCUCACCAGGACUAACCCACAUCAAUUUUACCGCAGAGGCUGUAUUGCAAAAGCUGACCUCUCUACGCAAACACAGCUCGCCGGGUGUCGACGCCAUUCGUCCUGAGGCAUUGGGAGUAGCAGCAAACCAACUGGCAGGACAUUUAGCUCAGUUUUUCCAGCACUGCUUAGACCAGAACCAAGUUCCCGCCAUGUGGAAGCUUGGAAUAAUAAGCCCGAUUCACAAAGGUGGAAGCAGAUCUGAUCCCUCCAACUACCGCCCAGUAACCCUUCUUCCUAUACUCUCCAAGGUCAUGGAAUCCAUAGUUGCCGAUGCACUGGUGUGCUAUCUGGAAAACUGCAACCUCAUCACUCCUGAACAGCACGGUUUCCGUCGACAGCGGUCAUGUACAACUAAUUUACUCAUUGCACGCAGUAGUUGGACCGAGGCAGCCGACGCUGGAGAAGGUGUUGAUGUGAUAUACCUGGAUUUUUCCAAGGCUUUCGAUCGUCUAGACCAUCGGAUACUACUAUCCAAGCUGCAGCAUUACGGGAUCGGAGACCCUCUUUUAAGCUGGAUCGCCAACUUUCUAUUUCAACGGCAAUUAGUGGUCAGAGUUCGGAGCUCUUUAUCGGACCCCAUACAAGUCGAGUGUGGUGUGCCGCAAGGCUCGGUUCUAGGUCCACGUUUGUUUCUGGUGUUUAUUAAUGACCUUGCACAGGGAAUCGCUUCAAACUUCCUAAUGUUUGCCGACGAUAUCAAGAUCUGGCGCAGGAUCCAGGCGAACGCCGACCAACAUGUGCUCCAAAGUGACUUAGAUACAGUGUAUCAAUGGUCGAUCCAAAACUUAUUGCAUUUCAACGUCAGUAAAUGCAAGGUGCUUUCCAUCCGACAUCAGGGCAGCUACUCAUACCGACUCGGAACGGAUGUACUGCAACAAUCAACUCUCGAACGUGACUUGGGUGUCCUGGUUCAAGAUGACUUGGGUUGCUCCAGGCAAUCGGAAAAGGCCUCGAAGACCGGGAAUCAACACGUUGGGCUGUUGAGGCGGGCGUUUGGACAAAUAAACAGCUCCAUAUUUCGACAAAUGCUCAGUGCGUAUGUUCGCCCCCAUGUCGAAUACGCAAUUCAAGCCUGGCAUCCAUGGCUGAAACACGACCUUAAUGCACUGGAGCAGCCUCAACGCCGCGCAUCUAAGAACGUAACUGGAAUGCGCAAUCUGUCCUACCAGGAGAGGCUGCGACGACUAGGAUUGUUCAGUGGAAGCUAUCGCAGGCUACGAGGCGACCUGAUUAUGACAUACUUGAUUCUGCGAGACCCUCAUCAUGUGUGCCGCCCUUUACUGCAACUCAGCAGCAAUACAAACCUGAGGGGCCACUCAUUAAAACUCGCAGAACAAUACAGUCGUCUGGAGUGCCGCAGAAAUUUCUUUUCCAUCCGUGUCUGUCACCCGUGGAAUGCUCUCCCAGAAUCGGUCGUCUCUGCACCGACACUAACAAUAUUUAAAAGACGGUUGGACGAUGCACUCAUCCACUUACACUUUGUUACUUAA